UUGCUCUGUGUUCCUCCCUCUCUCUCACCUCCCUCCCUCUCUCUCUCUUUCUCCACUCCCCCUCUCUGUCAGUCAGAGCGGUGCUGCGCGCGGACAGAUAGAAAGUGACACACUCUCACCGUCGCUCGCGCUCUCUUUCUCUUUUACCUCCGCGGUGUUUAUCCUUUUAUUCCUCUCUCUCUCUCUCUCUCUCUUUCUUUUUCUCUCGUGUUUUGACUGGUUACGUCUCGUGCGCGCGCGCGAAUGAGAACCUCUCUCCUUUACUUUGUCUUUUUUUUUUCCAGUGACGUUUUGAUCGCCGGCGCGAGGCUGAAGAGCUCGAGCUGAGACCGGCGAAACACCGCUGACUUUAAGACUGACACACACAGACACACACACAUAACGUUGCACACACCCGCACACCAUCCCGCACACACUCGCCAUCCCGCGCACACACACACCGUCCCGCACACACUCUCGGACGCACUGAACCAUCGAUGCCGGGAACUAGUGGCAUUCUUGGCACUUUUGCGCACUAAAGCGUCUUUCUCUAUCCCCCUCUCUCUCACACACACACACGCACGCACGAACACACACACGCGCACGCACACACACACGCUCUGCUGUGUUGUCGUCUCCAGUCUUCUCCACACACACCGCCUCUCAGUCGCAGUGCAGAGCGCUCCGCAGCUGACCCAGUCCAGCCCUGGAUUCUCUACUUUUACUCAAUGGACAAAGUCCUGUCGACGGCCAGCCCCGGUACCAGCACUCCAUAAGCACUCCAUACUCUCUGGCCGGUGUUCCAGUGUGGAGGGCGAUGGAGAGAUCGGAGAGCCCUCGUCUGCGGGACAGUCCUGAACGCCGUCCCUCCUCCAGCCCGGACCUCAGCGGUCCCCCGCCGGGGAAGAUGAGCCGCCUGGAGCUAAACGGAAGCCCAACCGGGCCCCGCAUUCGCCACAACGGAGCCCCACACAGACCCCUCGGAGCAGGUCUGAUGAUCCCCGUGUUUUGCGUGGUGGAGCAGAUGGAUGGAGGGAUGGUGGUGGAUGGAGAGGGUCGUGAGGAGCAUGCAGAGUUUGUUCUGGUCAGGAAAGAUAUCUUGUUCACUCAGCUGGUGGAGACGGCACUGCUGGCCCUCGGUUACUCCCACAGCUCUGCAGCCCAGGCUCAGGGAAUCAUUAAGGUUGGCCGCUGGAACCCGUUACCCAUCCACUGCCUGACAGACGCCCCAGAGGCCACGGUGGCCGACAUGUUACUGGAUGUUUACCACAUGGUCACACUCCGCAUCCAGUUGCAGAGCUUCGCCAAGCUGGAGGAUCUGCCCUCGGAGCAGUGGAACCACGCGACAGUGCGCAACGCUCUCAAAGAGCUGCUGAAGGAGAUGAACCAGAGCACUCUGGCCAAAGAGUGCCCACUGUCCCAGAGUAUGAUCUCCUCUAUAGUGAACAGUUCCUACUACGCUAAUGUCUCCACUGCUAAGUGCCAAGAGUUUGGACGCUGGUAUAAGAAGUACAAGAAGAUUAAAGGUGACUACUUUGAGAAGAUGUGGCCAGCCCGAGAGAAUUCAGAAAUUAAAGUGGAAAGAGACAACCUAGUGGACUUCUGUGUGUUAGGACAGCGUCCUCCCCCUCAUCUAGCUGGCCUGGCUCAGAUGGGGCAGCUGGGCAGUGCAGGAUCCCUUGUUAAGGCUUCUUCUGGUGAACCUCAGAACACUUCUCAGUCUCAGCCUCCAUCCCAAGGGCAACCGCAGCCACCCUCCUCCCACGCUGGGCAGCUUCACCACAGCCCACCACUGCGUGCCCAGGUGGCUCCUCCACCUCCUCCAGCAGCUUUGCAGCCUCUCCUCGGCCCCGGAGGCCUCCUCUCGCCUCAGCUCAGUCCGCAGCUCGUGCGGCAGCAGCUCGCCAUGGCUCACCUCAUCAACCAGCAACUGGCCGUCAGCCGCCUGUUAGCCCACCAGCACCCGCAGGCUCUCAACCAGCAGUUCCUCAAUCACCCACCCAUCCCAAGACCUGGCAAGUCUGGAGGACCUGUGGAGCCUGGAUCCAACCCUUCAGCUGCGGAGGUCUCUUCUGACAUCUACCAGCUGGUCCGCGAUGAGCUCAAGAGAGCCAGCGUCUCACAAGCUGUGUUCGCUAGGGUGGCUUUCAACCGCACACAGGGUCUGCUGUCUGAGAUCCUGCGGAAAGAGGAGGACCCUAGAACAGCCUCUCAGUCUCUGCUGGUCAACCUCAAAGCCAUGCAGAAUUUCCUCAACCUGCCCGAGGCCGAGCGAGACCGGAUCUACCAGGAGGAGCGUGAGCGCAGCAUGAACCCCCCUGUAGGCCUGCCCCCAACCCCAAACUCCGGCUCUGGGCCUAACCGCCUCUCUCAGGUGUGGGAGCGCAGCAUGGACGAACAGUUAACCCCUGAUGCCUGGGCAUCAAUUUGGAAGAAUAAGGCCAAAAUCACUAACUCGCCCAAGCCCUCUGGUCCAAACCCUGAUCUUCCCCUGAAGCUGGAGUCACUGGUCAACAUCACCUCGUCCAUCUAUGAUGAGAUCCAGCAGGAGAUGAAGAGGGCCAAGGUGUCUCAAGCGCUGUUUGCCAAGGUUGCAGCCAAUAAGAGCCAGGGCUGGCUCUGUGAGUUACUACGCUGGAAAGAAAGCCCCAGUCCUGAGAACAGGACCUUAUGGGAGAAUCUGUGUACGAUUCGUCGAUUUCUCGCUCUCCCCCAGGGCGAUCGGGACAUGGUGUACGAGGAAGAAUCCCGCCAUCACCACAGCGAACGCCUUCACACCGUCCUCCACCUUCCCGCAGAACCUCAGGUACUCCACAGACAGCCCAUUGCACCACUGAAGGACCACUCGCCCAUGCGUGAGGAACCAGUUCCCAACUCUGGGAUAGAAGAGACCCCUCAAACAGGUGUUUGUAGCGGCAACAAUGGAGGAAAUGGUAAUGUCGCCAAAAAGCCACGCUCCCGCACCAAGAUCUCACUGGAAGCUCUUGGCAUCCUGCAGAGUUUUAUCCAAGACGUUGGGCUGUACCCCGACCAGGAGGCCAUCCACACUCUCUCAGCCCAGCUGGACCUACCCAAGCACACCAUCGUUAAGUUCUUCCAAAACCAGCGCUACCACGUGAAGCACCAUGGCCGGCUGAAGGAGCUGGGAGCUGAGGGUAGCGUAGUGGAUGUCGCAGAGUAUCGAGACGAAGAGCUGCUCUCUGGAUCAGAGGACGCAGAAUCGAGUGAAGACGGCCACGAGGAGAUCUACAGUGGACAAGACGGUGUCUCAGCAGGAGCCACCCUCUCCGCCUCAACGCCAUCCUCCACCUCAGGCCAAGAAGAGAGCAAGGACAAGAGUGGGUCUCUAGGGUCCAGCCGACCCAGCUCCCUGCCCCCCUCCAGUUCAUCCCCCAGUCCCCGAGACCAGGCUGAGUACCAGAGAUAAAGCAUUUCGACCUGUGGAGAAGAGGGGGAAGGUUUGGAAAGAGGAAGAGAGAGAGGACAUUCUGCUUGAACAUCUGGAACAGAAAAAAAUCUAAAAACUAUAAAUAUCACUGAGACGGUUCACUGCAUUCUGGCAGCGGUUCAAAGACUACAUGAGAAAAAAAAGACACAGGGUCGAAUGCAGACUUGUUAAAGGGAAGCCAAAAAAGAACUCUAGAAUUGUAUUUAGAAACCGAUCAUUGUGGAAACCAAACAUGCUGCCACAAAAGAACGCCCAAGGUGAGGGUUGACAGAAUUUAGAAACAGAAUUUAGAGAAUUGCCCUAGCAAUGCAAUGAAGUAACCUGAUGCUAUCAGUCAGGAAUCAUUCAUUAUUUGUUAGCUACAAUAAGAAAGAGUCAGACCCAGAUUCUGAAGAAAGUGGAAGCAUAUUUCUUGGUCUAAAACUCUGGCGAACACCACCUUUAACUGAGGAUUUCUCAAGCUAAGAUGGCAGUAAGCCAUGUUACGCAAAGUUUAAAGAAAGCUUAGUCAGGCAAGAUUCCCAACAACAAGUCCCCAACAUACCCAAGCAUCCAACCCAGGGGGUCUGUCAUUAGAGACCACUAGAGACCACUGUACCGUCCCACCCUCCCUCCUCCAUCUCCACAGCGUUCAGAGUAAUGAGUAAUGACAGAGACUGAGCUUUAGACGAGUUUUUUAGAUGAGCCGUGGAGCUCCGCAGGAACCCACGUAUAUCUCUACUCCUGCCUGAUCAAGGAGCCUGGUGGGUGGCUGUGGCUUCCUCCCUCUUCCUCCCCUCUGUGAUGGGGCAUUCUUUGUGUCUCCAAGAGGUGGCUGUGCUUGGCUAUUUAAGCGGUUGGUUGGUUGGUUGGAUGGAUGGGUGGGUGGGUUGGAGGUAGUGAUGAAGGCUGUGGUGUAUACAUCAGCCUAACCCAGCACCCACUCUAAACACAUGUGGUCUACUGAAAGGUCCACAGUUAGCCCAGUAGACCCUUUGAAGAUAGAGCCAUCCCUCCCACAAACAACCACAUCAUUCCAUCAUUCCAAAUAGUAUUCGUAUAUGUAUGUGGCUGGACGAACUGCCGCUCUACCCUGGUACCCAGGCACGCCUUACGUACUGGACUCUCCUCGACACUGCUGUCUGUCAAUCAGAAAAAAAUAAAUAAAAAUACUAAUAAUAUCCAGAGCGCUUACUUUGUACAAAAUAUAUGUGUACAUUAGAUCUUGUCACAGUCUUGUCACAGAAUCAUUUUGUACUUUCUUUGCACUUAGAAAGGCUAGUGAGUGUUAAAUAAAUGGAAAUAAGUGGAAAUUACAGUCAGACUGCCUCAAUCUGCCUUCGACCAAGUGGAGGAAAAGUAUAGGAAUCAUAGUCCAACAGCUUGUUGUCAUAAGUCAUUCGUCGCUUUAUGUGCGGUAGCCCCACCCCCCUCCCUCCCAUUCCCACCCAUUCAUCCCUUCAUCCCUUCAUCUCUUCUUCUUACUGGCACCCACAGUGUCCUGGUUUCAAACCAACGACCCACACUUUCCUAUUCCACAUCUCUAUUUAUUGCUAUCUUUAUCCACAAUUAUUAUUAUUAUUGUUAUUAUUAUUAUUAUUAUUGUUAUUAUGGUUGUUCUUGCUGUCAUUGCUGUUAUUUUUGGCUGUUUUUUUUGUUGUUGUUUUUUUUCAUGGUCUAAUAUCAGCUUUUGGCUCGAAGCUGUUGUUUUGGUGAUGAGAGACUUUAUAUAUAUAUAAAAAAAAAACAGGAGGGGAACACUGCCAAAACAGAGACGAGAGAGAGAGAAUUAGAAGCAGUUACUGAAGUUAAAAUGAAUGAAAUUUUGGAGUGAACCCUGUGAUACUUGUUGUAUACUGCCAGUUCUAUAUACUGUACACACAAAUACUACAUACUGUCCCAAAGAGAACGGAGAUUGGAGAUUGGACAUUGGAGAACGGCGACAACAUGCGGACCUGGAGUGGAAUCCAAAUAAAAUAAUAAUGAUUUUAAAAAAAUUAAAAAAUAGAAAAUGUACUUUUUUAUUUUUUUUCUACAAAUGUUGACAAUCCAUUUUUUUGAGCCAAUCGAAACUCUGUAUCCAAAAUGGCAAAAUGGAAGCGUGUGUUGAUCCGCAUCUCUGGGAAUGGACAGAGCAUGAGCGACAUGGCUUCUCUGUUGCAAAGCUGAUGUGAAUAUAUCAUAGCAACACUCGGGUCCGGGGUCCUGAUUUGCUUUUUUAUUUUAUUUUUUUUAUUUUUUAGAAUCGGCUGCUACCUUUUCAUUCUGGAUAACAGAGCAAUUCAUUGUCAUUGUUAACCAUACACUGACCUUUAAACUGAUUUCUUUCUGUGUUCAUUAAGUGAUGUUUAUGGUCUAUGUGGAUGUGUCGUCUAUUGCGAAUGGAAAGAUUUACUUUAUAUGUCUUUGAUCGCCAAACACAAUCCAAACACGCGUUAUAGUUUGGUUUCUGGGGUUAUCAACUAAACUCAACGGAACGAGAACUUCUUCUUUUACUCAGCAACUUUCAAAGGACAUUUCAAACACAAGAAGACAUUAAAAGUAAGACUAUGAUAAACAUUUCACUUUGCUGUUUGUAGCAUUAUACUGUGUGGUCCUUCUCCUGCUCUCUUUAGGUUUUUUAGGUUCUCGGGUACGAAGCCCCUGCUUCUCUGAGCUGCCAAUGCAAUGCAAAGCAAUGCAGCUGCGGCUGGCCUGCGUUUCUGAGUCCUAUUCAAUUAGAGGCCUGGGUAAAGCCGCCAGGACUGUGGCUCUCUAAUAAGACGUAUGUAGAAGUGACAAUAAUUCACAUGGAAGUGCUGGAGCUCACAGAACGGUCCUGCCGUCCCGCAGGGAGCCCACCGCAUUUCACACCGAACAAGCUGUGACACAGAGGAGCCUCCACUACACCGUUAGUUGUGGAGUUUUGAAGCUGCCUGUGCUCUUUAAUAGGCGAUCUGUAACCACAAAUCAUUAUUCAACCAUCAUUAAUGAGGCCUAUUUCUGCUUAAAAAUAUACUAGUCGUUAGAUUUGGAUUUAGAUCUGUUCCUGUUUGAUCUAAUGCAACUGAUCAAACUUAGAGUAAGUGGCUCAACCGAUAAUUAAUUGAGGAAUUUAAAUCUUAAUAAUGUACUAAGAAACUGUUCCUGGUAACCUUUUUUUAUUUAUCUUCCUCCCAAAUAUCAUUGCGAUUCAAUUCUUUACUCUCCAUUUCUUUAAAGAUGAGUGUACAUGUAGCUAGGACAUAUCGCCGCUGUCCAAUGAAAAACACUUACAGUAUCUCCAAAACAGCAACUUUACAGGAGAGAGAAAAAAAACUUUAAACUUUCAAUUGAAGUCAAUGUAAAAAAAAGUUUAUUUCAGGUCAUUUUGAAGAGUUCCUAUUGGUCGGUUCAUCAAGAAAUUUUGGUACAGUACAGUUUGUCUGUUCAAAUUAUGUGGUGAACUAAAAAUCGACAUAAAUGGAGACAAGCAUUUUUCUAAGGACAGCGACAAUAUGCACCAUAUGUUCCUAAAUGUGUCAGCUCUCAUUUACAGUAUUUACUAUAGUAAUUUACCCCAUGGUCCCCACUGGCAAAGGUGCUAAGAAGAAGUCUCUAGAACUCCAUAUAUCCAAGCAGGGAAUGUUAAACUCGUGAAAUUUUUGUUAAGGAUGCACAUCAAUAAUUGUUAAUAAAAGUUUCAGAUUAUAGAAUAAUAUCUUUGGACACAAGAAAAGUACAAACGGUUAAAAGUUGAUACUAUUAUCUACUCAAGGUAUGAGAUAUGACUGAUGAAGUUUCUCAUACGACUAAAUUUCAGUGGCAAGAUGUUCAAUGUUUUGCUUGAAAUUCCUGCUUUAAAUGUCAGAUAUUUGCAGGCUUUGAUAAAAGUGUGUAAUAACACACUGCUGAUUGUUCGCUGGAUCUAAACCUUACUUAAGCUUGUCAGUCACACGUCGCCCUGGGAGGCCAAGGCCCGCCUCUGCCAUUACCAUCCCCUCAUGCCUUCCUGGCCCCGCCCCCUGCAGCGUCCACAUCAGCCUGAGACAAGCGGCUCUGAUGAGUCUGUCCGUGCCAUCCUCCCAAAUUAUCCGCAGUCCUGGUGAGACGAGUGAACGCGUACGCUAGACUGGUGUUUAACCUGCCGCAGGGGUGGCCUCCCACACGUUCGCCUCCUCCGUCGCCUCCUCCUCUUCUCCUCCAUCCUGCACAGAGUUUAGCGCUGAAACGAGACGGAGGAGAAAACAAUGAAAAUCCGCCAAGUCCCUGAUGAGCGGAUAGGUCAGGGUCACUGGCCAAUUAUCUGUCGUUUUCUUCUUUUUUUUUUGUCGUCUCUGCCUUUUCAAUUUUGCGCACUAUGUCUCAUUUUCUCCUUCGCCAGGCAGGAAGACAAUCACUCUCGCUCACGCUGUGCUGCCAGGGUUAAUUGGAAGUGAUCACGUCCCCUUGUGGGGAAACAAGUGGUUCCUAGAGAGCAGGCCAACUCCUAGAGUGAAGAUGCCCCAGGGCUCCUCAGCUCUCGCUCACCACACCACUGAUUUAGGCAAAGUUCUGUGGAAUUUCUCAAAAGAUCAGAACUCAUCACUAUUGGGUCUUUAAAAUUGAGAUGGAGCGAAACAAUUUGAUUCAUUCGUAUUACAAUGAUACCUCUCACUUUUCACUUUUCACUUUUUUCACUUUUCUAUCAUACAGUAACUAUUUACAGUCAGACACAGACCAACACACUCAUAGAUAAUUUCCUCAUUUUCCUCAUUUCUGUUCAAUUCUGCUGUAACUUAGCACUUAAAAACCCUUUUUUUUUAUUUCACACAAGGCAAAAAAGACAAACCCAUCAGUAAAUAUAUUACAUUUGUCUGCGUUCUAAACAAACGGUUUUAUUGCUGGGGUUAUAUCUUCUAUCUUCAUCAUUUCUCUUCUUUUGUUCUUUCUCUUUUUGUAAUCUUGCAGUGCCUCUUAACUAAGCACAAUGCUCUGCCUGCUUGCUUUGGAGAUGAAAUAUUUAUCCUCAUCAACACCUACAAUGUGAAUCAGGAUUGCCACUCCAGGAUUGGUACUUUUCCUUGUCAAUCAAAUGGAUUAUCAUUAUCACUAAGUGAUAAUAAGUUAUGUGCAUUAUUUGGCUUUUUGUUUUUGGUUUAUGUGUCUUAAAAUGUUCUUUUAUUUUUUGUUCGUUCGUUGUUUUGUUUUUUCUCAAAUUGCUGUCAUUUAAAUAAAGUGCAUCAAUGGAAAAGCAGAA